AUGUUCCAAAACCAGUAUAAAUCAAAAUUAAGCGUUGGCAAAGAUGAGGAAUCUGUAUCAUCUAUGGUAUCCGAUUUAAAUGGCCUGGCUCUUCGUAAAUAUUUAUCAACAGGUGAUAAAUAUCUGAUAUCCGACGAGAUUGAUUCAACAUUUUCAAAGUUAGGUGUGUUUGAUAGUGGUGACAAACCGGAAGAAUCAUCUCUCCUUUGUAAACGGUUUGAUGAAAUUACCGACACUGACCGUGCGACGGGUUCAACUUUAAUACAUAUUGAACGUGCUCGCUUAUCAAUAUUAGGAGCGACCACCGGUACACGAUAUUCGAAACUGAUGAUGCAAUGGAAUAAUGGACAGGGUAUCGAAGGUGUGCAUAACCGAAUGCUUUAUAUGUUUGUUAAUCGGCAAGAAGCAAUCCGUCCAAGACAACUGAAGGAAAGAAAAUUGAAUGCAUCAUCACCAUCACUGGCACAUGUUCUGUUAGUUGUGCAAUGUUUUCCUACAACUGAAUAUCAAUUUGAGAACGUAUUAUUAUAUAUAUUUGUGUGUUCAUUGGAUUUAAUGAGUUCUGGUUUCCGCCUGUUAGGUGGUAAAUUAACUGGUCAAGCUUUUUCCGAAAGCAAAGUGUUAACAAACCCAAUUGGAGGACUAAUGCUUGGUUUAUUGGCGACUGUGCUUGUACAAAGUGCUAAUAUUGGGACAUCCGUCACAAAUACACUGGUAGCAUUGACCCAAUCGAAUAAUCGUGAUGAUUUUCGACGAGCGUUUGCUGGUGCAACUGUUCAUGACAUGUUUAAUUGGGCAACAGUCUUGAUAUUACUACCAUUGGAGCUUGCAACAGGUAUUGUAUACAUAAUUCAUCUCGUUUUAGAAUGCAAUAUGACAGUUAUCACCAAGUCAGAUAGAUAGUUAGGGCUGUGACAGUUACCAGUUACCGUUACCAUCGUUCCCCGUUACUAACGGUAACGAUAAUUGACAUAAAACUAAUAAGCAUCGUUCCUCGUUAGUAGAGGUAAUGGUAAUUGAUAUACAGUAAG